UUUUAUUAGCUAGUAGUUAGUACCAGUAUGAACUCCGUAUUCAAAAUGUUUUAUUUAAACAAUAUUUAUAGAAGAGUAUUUGAUUUUAAUUAGUGAUUGUGAAAUAUUUAAUAAUAAAAAAAUAUUUGACACCAUGGAAAGUAGAGUUAAUAAAAGUCGCAAACGACACUCUGGUAUUCAAGGUCCUAUGUUAAAAAAAGUUCUAAAAACCAUGCCUCAUGGUAAGGAAAAUAUUCCAGAACUACCUUUAAAUUAUAACAAUAUAUUUACCAAUGGCCUUAAAAAAUGUUUAGGUAUAACGACAAAUGAAAUGGAAAAUGAAACAACCAUUGAAGAUAAAGUUAAAGUAGUGAGAUUUAAGCAGCCAACACAAAAGUAUACCAAAGAAGCAUUAUUGGAAUUACAAAACUUAAGCAGUUCCAAAGUGCGCCCAAAAUUUUUAGACAACUUCCCUGACUUAGAUGUAGAACUUGCUGGAAAAACUCGAAAGGGAAGUAGACCUCUUGCAAGUGGAAAACCAGCUACUAAUAGUAAGACAGUAGCAUUUGAUUUACCACCUUGGCAGAACCAACCAACAGAAAAUGGUGAACCUAAAACUGAGAAAAAACCUCAGGAUGCUAAAGAUCGAUUGAAGAAGGAUCAAGAUAUUGUUUUGAGUCCUCAAAGGCGUAGUUUCAAUUCAGGAUGUUUUGUUACUAUGAAUGCUUCUAGUGGACCAAAACGUUCAAAUAGUCCUUUAAAUACAUCUGCUAAACAGUAUGUUGAAAGGGAGCCCAUUCGAGAACCUCGUCGAGUUGGCAGUGGUCGAUUAAUGAGUCGAGAUUCUUGGGAUUCUGGUUUUCGUCAGCCAGAAAAUGGAAUUGCAAAUAAUUACAAUUUUGGUAAAGGUGGCUUUCGUGAAUCUUCAUCUCAUAACUCAAUUGAACCUCGUAGAAAAGAUUUUGAGUUUGAUAGAGGAGAAACAGAUCGUUAUAGAAAUUAUGAUCGCUUCAAAGGCUCUAGUAAUUAUGAUAGACGUCGAAAUGAUUCUUAUCGAACACAAGAAGAACCAGAAUGGAUGACAGAUGGCCCAACUUCUCAACACGAUACUAUUGAAUUGCGAGGUUUUGAGGAUCCCCCUGUAGACAAAACAAAAAAGAAAAAAGCAAAACCUGCUGCCCGUACUAAAAAGAAUUCAAUAGACUCUACAUCUACGGAAUCAGCAGCUGCUAUAAAAGGAGCUAAUGAAAGUAAAAUUAAGAAAACCAAAAAAGAAAAAGAUGAGGAUAAAAAGAAAAAAUUGACAGUUGACAAACCAAAUAAUGAAUCUGAAGAUCAAACUAAAAAAGAUUCUGAAUCAAUAACUGGAAAUGAGUUCAUUCAAGCUUAUGAUGCUGAGCAUAAAACAAACGAUGUGUUCAAUGAUUUCAAUAUUGAUGAUUUCUUAAAGCCGGAUUACUUAAGUGAUAUAAUGCACAUUGAAGGAGAAACUGAUGGGAAUGUAGCUGGUUCACGAUUCCGCCAAUGGUUUACUACUCAUGAUAGUAGUCGUGCUUCGUCUGCUUCUACUGAAAUGUUAAAUUCUGCAACUAAUAAAGGUGCAACAGAUAAUGUAGAAGAAGACCCUAGACAGUUAUCAUCAAUGCUCAUGGGAAUGGUUAAACAUAACAAUCAAAACGAAUCAAAAAAUUUAACAAAUGCAUAUGACUCCAUUACAUUGAGUGAAAAUAAUAAACUUCCUCCAGCUAUCAUGGAUGUUAUUAAAGCCAGUGCACCUCAGUUGUCUGACCCUAAAGCUGCCAUACGUGAUUUAGAGGUUAAUGGCAAAGUUCAAAGUCUUGAAGAAAUUGAAUCUAGGUUGCGGAUGUCUAGUGGGCAACAGAAUGGUUAUUCACCGCCGCAUAGCAAUAUUCAAUUCCAUGAAGAAAUGAAACUAAAAAAACUGCAAAACAUGAAAAUGCCUCAAAAUGAGCACGAAAACUCUAACAAUGAUGGACAUGUAACAAACCCCUCUCAGAACUAUUCCAUAUUGCAGAUGCUUAAUAAUGCCCAAGGUCCACAAAACUACAUGGUAAACCAAGGUCAAAACCCUGCUGGUAUGUAUUUUUACUUUAAAAAUAACACUUUUAAAUCAUACAAUUGUAAAUGGUGGGGGAUGAGGUGACCGAGUGGUCUGACGCGUCCGCUGCGACGGUUCGAUCAGAUUCAAAAGCAACAUGAAAAUAAUAUGGUUGCAAAAGCAAUGGCUGCUCAACAACAACAACAACAACAGUCUAAGCAACAUAUGUUCAAACUGCCUGUGGAACUUCAAAAUAUGGUCAACUUCUACACACCAACCAAAGAUAUAUUGCAAAGUCGCGAAGCACAAGAAAUGCUUAUGGGAAUAAAACGUGGUGAAGUAAUGCUACAUCAUUUAGUAGAACAAUGGAAAAAGACAAGUACUAAUCAAUCUCGUUAUCGUGAAACUCUUAUUUGUCUAAUGAAAGUCUUUCAACAUUCAAGCAAUGCCCAAAGAAUGGCUAACCAACAGGAUUUAGUUUACCAACAACAACAACAACAAGCUGCAUUGUAUCAAAGCCAAAUGCUUAAAAGACAACUGCUCGAUCAAACCCACAAAAGGAUGGAAAAUGUUCAUAAUGCAUCAUAUGGUGAAGGUGCUAUGGAUUUAGGCUCAUCUCAGUCACAAUCUCAACCAAGAAUUGGCCUUACUCCAACAUCUGUGUUACGUAAAAUGACUUCAACCUCAGAACCUUUGGUAGACAAACACCAUAUACCUGAUGAAAGAUCUGUUACCCAGCAUGCACUUCAGCAUCAAAUAAAUACUCUGCAACAGCAAAUCCAGCAACAGCAGUUUAUGCAGCAGCAUCAACAACAACAGCAGCAGCAACAGCAACGGCCAGUUAAUACAACUAUCCAGCAAAUAUUGAGUGGUAAUUAUCCCAGAUACCAUGGAGCUCAACAACAGCAGCAGCAGCAGCAACAAUCCAAUAAUAUGAAUGGUCGCAGUAUAAAUUAUGGUUCUGGGGAUAAAUCUCGUAUGAACCGGGUACAAUCUCCUGUUAGUAAUCAGCUUGCACGUUGGUUUUCUCCAGAACUGUUGGCACAAGCCCGUGCUGGCCGUUUACCAAACAUGCCUGCUAUGUCACAAAACAUAAACAUGCUCAGUGUCGAGGAUAUUGAAAAGUUCCAGGUUGGUGGUCGCUCUUAAUCAGUGAAAAUUGUAGCGACCUCUACAAUUUUGUGUAAAAAUCGUAAAAACCACAAAAAAAAGUUGUUAUUCCUUUUAAAUAUAUAUAGGGCUCUUCUCCAAGUCUCAAUAUUUUCUUUUUUUUUCUUUUUGUUUUAUUAUGGGGUUCUUAAUUUAUUUUAAGUUCGGUGUUUUUUCCACUGACCUCUUUUAAAAUUAUUUCCUCAAAGCAUCUCGGAAACGUUUUUCUUUUCUUUUUGCAUGUUUAAAUAAAAAAUUAACUAUUAAUUUUUGAAAAAUUGUAAUUUUAUUCUAAUGAACUUGAAACAUAUACUUAUUUUAUAUAAUACAUUAUAAUUUCUUUAAGAUUAUGAACCCUCUUGUGUACAAAAAUUCAUUAUUAUAUCUUUAGAAAACAACGUGUAUAUAAGUACAAAGAAUUAUUUUCUUAUGUACCAUUUGUCUGUGAUGUUAGAAGUUGUAAAUGAAAUGUAAGUUUGAUAAGUCUUUGUAUUACUAGAGUUAAAAAAAAAUGAACCGCUUUAGCGGACAUAUGUAUGAAGAAAUAAACUAUUGUAAUUAUAAUAUAUACUUAUAGUUUUGGACAAACUCA